CUUCUGCCCACACUCACUGCGACACUGUCAGCCUCUCAUUCUGCCCCUGCCAUGGUCUCCCGGAGCGUGAAAGUCUCGCUGGCUGUGUUCUCGUGCCUCGCUGCCAUGUUGCUGUCGGGUCAGUAGUCGUCCGUUCCUUCCUAUGCCGUCCAUGACCUUCGCUUAUUCUGCAUGUGUCUGUGCUGUCGGAAAUAGGCAUGAUCUAUGGGUGGGCGCCGAUUCAACUGUUCCUCAUCCAGGUGAGUCCAUCGAAGCAAUGCCCAGAGAAGAGAAAGCGGCCCAUCCGAGUUCCAUCCUGUGGCUGGCAUUCAGGAACAUCAGUACGAGGAGCUAUGCGACCAGCACGAGAAGGCCCCCUGCCCUGCCCAGCUUCGGAAGCUCUCCAACAUGUUGAGCCUUCACAUUGCACUUUCAGACCACAAGCCCCACGCGCGUCUGCUCUCCUCAAUUGUGUGCAGCUACACGGUCGGGUCGUUCGUUAUCAUCCUGAUGGCGCUGCCUGGUGGGUUCUUCCUGGACCAAGUGGGCCCACAGGCGACCGUGGCGCUUUCUGCCAUUCUGAAUGUCAUCGGCUUGGUGCUCUUCGGAGGUGAAUUCAUGGGCCUCGUUAAGGCUGGAUAUGGGCACAAGUGCAUUUCUUGUCUUUGGUCGCUGUUUGUUUCCUGCACGCAGCCUCUGAUUCCAAGACCUUUGACUACUUCGCCUUCUCGUACGCAGUUAUGGCGGCUGCGGGCGCCUUGGCGAUGUUUGCAGGAUUCCCUGUGUCGUUUGUCCUGCCGGAGUAUCAAACCCUCAUUCUGAGUGGCGUCUCGUGCUGUUUUGACGGUGAGUGGCGCAGCAGCCAUCCAGCCGAUUCCUUGCUAUGAUAUCCCUGUUCUGUCCAUGGAUGGCAGCGUCGUGCAUUAUCUUUCAGAUCUUCUACACGCUGAAUCAGUGGACGGGCGUCUCCCGAAAGGGCCUCUUCUGGGGCUACUCCGUGGUGGCCAUCCUCGUCAUGGGCCCUAUCUUCUACUUCUGGUCACUCAUCAAGGCCGAGGAACGAAGGCAGGCCGAGAUGGAGGGCGGCAAGGACAUCUACGUCAGCAUGUCCGAUGAGUCUACCCACAUCGCCUCAUCCGAGCUGGAACCUUCAGAUAUGCCCUUGGCCAUGCCAGGUGCAUCCGAAGUGAUAGCCACGGGGCAGGGGCGGACGGCGGGCGAGGACACCGCCCCAGAGAAAGAUGAGGAGGACCUGACCCACCUGAAGCUUAGCCGGCAGAUGCAGUCGUUAGCCUUUGCGACCAACCUCGGCUUCACCAUUGUCGGCAUCCUCCGGGCCACCUUGUAUAUCGGUAUCAACGGCAUAUUGCUGGGACUCUAUGGCGACGCUGACACGGGAUACGCUUACAACAACACCUUCGGCGGUCAGAAAUCUCAUUCAUACUCUUUCUCAAAUCAGCUCUUCUUUCUCUCGUGUAUCACUUCCUCAGUCAUCCUGCCUCUGGGGGUGCUGCUCGCCCCCAUGAUCUCCCGGACUGUGGACGCUGUGGGGAUGUUGAACACCAUGCAGGUACGUUGGAUGCUCAUUCGCACGCACAUCGAUGCAAGCAGAGCAGAGCAGGUGAGUGCAUGUCUCUGUGUCUCUGGCAGGCCACGAAUCUGUUCUCUGUGGCGAACUUCGCUCUCGCGAUGAUACCCAAUCUGCAGGCAGGCUCGGAGACGGAAACGCGACCACGUUUCUGGCGGGUCUGUUGCCUACAGGUCCAGGUCGUGAACUUCAUCAUCUUCGCCAUGUUCCGCGCGUACCUCUACUCAUGCAUCGCAGCUUUCAACGCAAAGGUAUUUCGCUUUCUUUCCCACCUGUGUGUGGAUCGCAUAGAUGGGUGUAUGCAGACGUUUGGCGUCGAGACGAUGGGUCGAUUCAUGGGUAUGUGCAACAGCAUCGGUGCGUUCGGGAUUCUCCUGCAGCCCUUUAUCAUCGACGCCAUCUUUGGCGUCUUCCACGGACGCCCAACCGUUAUGUGCAUCAUAUUUAUUCUCAUUGGACUCGCACUUACGGCCGCCAUCGAACUAUACCGCAGGCACAUCAGACGGUGGCCAGCUGCACCACAGAGAGAGAGAGAGAGGGAGAGACACACCUAUGUGUCUGUGUUUCUGUGUUGUGUGUGGUGUUCAUCAGUUCGUAUGGCGCCAUGCUGGGUGACACCCUCACGAGUGUGUCGUCCGUCGGCCUGAGGGAGUCUGUUGCCAGCCGCGAGUCGCGAAGAAGCUCCAAGGGCAUUGUCUUCUCCGGUACAUUGUAUGCGACACACGCGCACGACGGCAUAAGAGGGCCGGCCACUUGAGUGCACGUGUGGACUGUGCAGGUCGGUUCCCAAGCAGCUUCCGCACUCAGUCGUUCGACGACACCUUCGGCCCGCCCCCCACAGUGCGCACCAGGGCGGACUGAAUGACUUCAUUGUUUGUAUGCUGCUGCAUGGGUGGAUGCGCGCAGACAGCCAGAGGGAAAGGGGGGAGGGGGGGAGGUCAGGUGGGCUGCCAAACGAAGCUGUUAGUCUUCUUACAUGGUGGGUGGAUGGAUGGAUGGAUGGAUGGGACAACCUUCAGCUGAGAGACAUGGCGUCAAGGAGACAGAGAGACACGCACUUGUACAUUUCUGGUAGUGAGAUGCGCACGGUGGGAGGAGAGGUGGAUGCG